CUAAAAAACAAUCAAAGGAUUUGUACAAUGAUGAACCUGAAAAACUAGCAAAUCCAUGCUCAUGGAUUUGCACUCAAAACACCUGCUGUUUCUGGUGGUUGUUACGGUCUUUUUAUCAAAAGUAGCAUCUCAGUCACUAUCUCUGCCUAACUGCCCAACAAAGUGUGGCUCUGUCACCAUUCCAUUCCCAUUUGGAACCACCAAGGGUUGUUCCUUGGACAACACCUUUCUCAUCAAUUGCAACAAAACAUCUACAUCUUCAACCUCAACACAUGUACCCUACUUGCCACAUAGUAAGAGAAUUGUCUUAAACAUCUCACUCGACGGCGAACUGCAUGUUGCAUGGCCAGUAGCCAGAGAUUGCUACGCUGAAAACAGCAAACUUGUGAACCAAACAUAUGGGACUGUCAACACAGCACAUUUCCACAUCUCGUCAACUCGAAACAAAUUCAUCGCAGUUGGCUGUGACACGUCUGGAGGACUCGUAGCAUAUGAUUCUGGGGGAAACAACUACACCGCAGCAUGUGUGGCUCUGUGCAACAGGCUUAAUGAUAUUGUGGCCCAUGAAUCUUGCUCUGGCACUGGUUGUUGCGAGAUUCCAAUACCCCAAGGUCAUGUGUUAAUGAAAGUAAUAUAUCUUUCUUUAGGCGUAUUCAACAAUCACUCGGCAGUGCAUGACUUCAAUCCAUGUGGUUAUGCUUUUUUGGUUGAAAAUGGAGCCUACAAGUUCAAAUCCACAGACCUCCUCAAGUUGGAGAAGGAGGAGUUUCCUGUGAUGUUCGACUGGGCAGUAGGGAACCAAACGUGCCAGGAAGCUCGGAAGAAUCUUUCAAAUUAUGCCUGUAAGGACAAUAAAAGUACAUGUUACAACUCAACUGAGAGAUCUGGUUACCUUUGCAGAUGCUUUCAUGGAUAUCGGGGAAAUCCUUACCUCAUUCAUGGUUGCCAAGAUAUUAAUGAAUGCAAGGAGUCCAAUGACUGUGUUGAGGGGGCAACAUGCAUCAAUCUUCCUGGAAGCUACCAUUGUUUAUGUCCAGCGGAAUAUGAGGGCAACGGGAAGAUGAAUGGAACAAGAUGCAGCCCAAAAUCAAACACCAAAUCAAGGAAAGAGAUCAUAUUGAUAAUUGGAUUGAGUGUCAGUGCAAGCCUUGUAGCACUAGUGGUAGGAAGCUUUUAUGCAUAUUUGGCAUUGAAGAAAAGAAAGCUCAUUAAACUUAAAGAACAAUAUUUUCAACGAAAUGGUGGCUUACUGUUACAACAAAAGAUUGUGAGGCAUGGAGGGUCAACUGAAACAGCUAAAGUCUUCACUGUUGAGGAGCUAAAUGAAGCAACCAACAAUUUUGACGAAGGCAAAAUCCUAGGCCAAGGUGGUCAAGGAACAGUUUACAAAGGAGUUUUACAAGAUAAAAGAAUUGUAGCAAUAAAGAAGUCCAAAAUCGGUGACCCAAAACAGAUUGAGCCGUUCAUCAAUGAAGUGAUCGUGCUUUCUCAAAUCAACCAUAGAAAUGUAGUAAAGCUUUUAGGUUGUUGUUUAGAGACAGAAGUUCCCUUACUUGUUUAUGAAUUCAUUUCAAACGGUACUGUUUAUGAGCAUCUUCAUGAUCAAAACCAAACUUUAAAGCUUACAUGGAAAACAAGAUUGAGAAUAGCAAAAGAAACUGCUGGAGUCCUCGCAUACUUGCAUUCUGCUGCAUCUACUCCAAUCAUACAUAGAGAUGUGAAAUCUACCAAUAUUCUCCUAGAUCACAAUCUCACUGCAAAGGUUUCUGACUUUGGAGCUUCUAGGAUUCUUCCUCUUGACCAUAGUCAGAUAACCACCCUAGUGCAGGGUACAUUGGGGUAUCUUGACCCAGAAUAUUUCCACACAAGCCAGUUAACAGAGAAGAGUGACGUCUAUAGCUUUGGGGUUGUCCUAGCAGAGCUACUGACGGGAAAGAAGGCACUGUCUUUUAGCAGGCCAGAGGAAGAUAGGAACCUUGCAUUGUACUUUGUUUCUUCAAUGAAAGAGGGUCGGUUACAUCAUAUUUUGGACACAAAUAUAGAUGAGGCGAAUAUUGAGCAACUAAAGGAAGUUGCCUUUAUUGCAGAAAGAUGUUUAAGGUUGAAGGGUGAGGAAAGACCCACAAUGAAAGAAGUGGCAAUGGAAUUAGAGGGAAUAUUAGUUUUUGAAGAGCACCGUUGGGGCAGUGGCAAUUUGUUUUCAGAAGAGACUGAUAACUUGCUAAGAGCAGCGUCGUCAUUUAUCAAUGUUGAAAACGGCGUUUAUGGAAGUGGCACUAAUUGUUCUGACUCAUAUAGCAUAAACCAGAUGUCAAUGUCAACGUUUGGUGGAAGAUAAUUGAUUGAUAUUCAUACUCAUUAUUAGAUGUUAAUCUAUCUUCAGUAUAACAGCGUUGCAGUGUAUGUUGUAUAUCCUCUCCUGAAUUGGACAUGACUAUCAGUUCAACUUUUUCUUAUUGUUUCUAUUAUUUGUUCUCUUCCAAUCUUCCUCCAACUUAAUAUUGCGAAAAAGCCUUUGCGGCAGAUUUCUU